UACGGGUAUACGUUUGUUAGCAAGGGUACGGUUCCUGAGUUCGUAGAGGAUCUCCAGCACGAAUCUGCGGUCUACGAGCAGCUUAAACCCCUGCAAGGCAGCUGUAUUCCCGUUUUGCUCGGCGCGAUUGAUCUUCGCGAACUCGAACGCAUUUGCUACUAUGACUUCCGGGUCCGUAUUGUGUACAUGAUAUUUGUUUCGUGGGCAGGAACUUGUCUGGAUGAGGCAGACUUGCCGGAAGAUAUCAAAGGAAAGGUGCGCCAGGAGGUGGAGCAGUCGUUACGUGCGGUGCAUUCAAUGCAAGUUGUGCAUAGGGAUAUACGAAAGUCCAACAUGUUUUGGAAUAAUGAGACCAACAAGACGAUGAUUAUCGAUUUUGAGCGCGCGAUCUUGUUGGAUUCUCCUCAAUUACCUCUUCGCGAGGUUAUCCCGGGCCGCAAGGUGCAGCAGGAGGCAAAGUCUGUUCUUAGGCUUCCGUAUGGUCUUGCACAGCAUGAUAUUGCCGAAGCUAGAGCACUUGUAUAA